UGUAAAUGCAACUUGUUUGAUUUAUGGUUAACCCACUACUAACCAAAAUUCAAUUAAAAACUGACACUACUCCAUCAUUAACCAAAAGUUUAAAUGAACAACUACUGACUGAUUUCAAAAUUUCAGGCUUCCGGCACUUUCCGAAGAAGGCUGAAAGUAGAAAUUGACAUCAACCCAAUCGAGUAUUUUGCUAAAAUCAUUCAUCUCCAAGAUCAAUGUUUUACAAACGUUUUCAAGAAGCCAAAACAGAUUUGCAGGAUUUGAACGUCUAAGAUUGAUGAAUUACGACAAGUACUUGAGGAAAGUAGGAUUGGGAAGAGAAGACUGGUAUUUCUGGAAGCAAGUAGGCAAGGCUCUGCUAUGUACCUACACGCUAUUCGGCGUUGCUUGGGUCUUCAAUGAAACAUCACCACUUGGUUGGUGGACUUUAAAGCCGAGGCCAAAAGAGGAGAGAGAGCUAGCUCACUUAUAUGAGAGGCGUGAAUUUCCAUACCCAGGUGAUGCAGAAGCAAUGGAAGAGUUUAUUGCAAAGGGGGGAAUGAUUGGUACCGCAAUUGGGCCAAAAGGGACUGUGGAAAAUGAUAAAGAUUCGUAUAAUUAUCAGAAAGAAUUGCAGAAUAAGAAGCUUGAACAAGAAGCACAGAAAUUGUGGAUUAGAAUGAGAAAUGAGGUUAUUCAAGAACUUCAAGAGAAAGGGUAUGAUGUUGAAUGAUUACGGUUAGAUGCUAGUUAGUUAUGACAUGGGAGGUAAGGAUUUAGUAGGAGUAGUUUGAAAUGCCAACAGAAGGUUGUAGUUUUGCUCAUAGAAUUUCCAAACAUGACAGCAGUGAGCAAUCAAAUAUACAUUUCGUGGUCUGGCAGGAUUUUUCUGCAGCACAGACAUCCUCA